AUGGCAGAAGCUCUGGCUGUAGUGCGGUCCUCAGACACUAUCCCAGACACGGUGCAGGGCGCUACAAACUCUCUACUGAACAGUGUGAUUAUUGUUUACUACAUUAACACUGAGAGCGCCGACCGAUCUUAUAGCCUCUGUAAAACGUGUACCUUCUUCAUCUCAGGCAUCGAGACUUUCAAGGGGAAAUAUUUCCACAGCAGAGACUACAAGACUCCAGAGGAAUGGAGAAAUAAGAAGGCAGUAGUGAUUGGAAUAGGAAACUCUGGGGGAGACAUCGCGGUUGAACUGAGCAGAGUCACCAAGCAGGUUUACCUGAGCACUCGAAGGGGAGCCUGGAUCCUGAAUAGAGUUGGAAACAGUGGGAUGCCCCUGGAUAUGCUCAUAAGCAGAACGAUGAACAUGAUGCGUAACAUCCUUCCCUCCAGUUUUAUCUGCUCUUUAGGGGAGAAGCAACUCAACAGCAGAUUCAACCAUUCUUUGUACAAUCUAAAGCCGAAGCACAGGUACCAAAUGUUUGCUAACCUUGUUGAAAACUGCUUUAAAGGAAAAGUCCGAUCAGCAAGGAAUAACCAAUGGAUCAUUCAAAAUCAGUGGGAACUACCACACGCUAGAGCAUGGUUGUUUGCGUGUGGAGUGGAGAUGGAGCUGAGUGGGCGAGCCAGGCUGGGCCUGUGUGCUGAGCUGGUGAUGAGAGGGGAGGGGGGAGCAGCAAUGUAUGUCCGCAGUCAGAGACACACCAUCCAGGUUGACUACGUCAACUACAUGGAUGAGAUUGCAGAUCAGGUUGGAGUCCGACCCAGAAUCUCCAGGCUGCUGCUGACGGAUCCAAGACUGGGGCUGAACCUGCUGUUCGGCCCCUGCACCCCGUAUCAGUACCGACUUAGGGGUCCUGGAAAGUGGGCUGGAGCCCGCCAGGCUAUCUUAACUCAAUGGGAGAGAGUCGCUCAGCCCAUGCAGACAAGGCCAUGCAACGAGCCCGAGCCUCAGAGGUGGCGGAUGUGGCCCCUCCUGCUGUCCUCCGCUGCGCUGGGAUUGGCUGCCUUCUGCCACAGGAGCAGCCUUUUGGCCAUCCUGCAGGAUCCUGCUGCUCUGCUGGAAAAGAUGAAAUCCUUCCUGCCAACAUACUGAUGCUAAUAUCAUUACUUUUGACCUAUAAUUUGUUUAAACCCAAGUGUUUCUUUUCAAACUGUUAUAUUAAACUUUGAUUCAGCAGUUAUUUCGUUCGCAUUUAUGACCAAACGGCAAACCUAUGUGCACCUUUCCCCUCCUGUAGUCCUUGGUUUGUGUAAUUUGAAGGAUCUGAUCUCAAGUCACUGCUUCAAAGGAUUUUGAUAAGCUAUGUUAGUCUUUAAAGCAUCCAAACAUUAAUAUCUAACCGUUAAAUCCCUAAAUGUGUCUCAUUAUAAAGUUUAUAUAUGUGGUUCUUAAUCUCUGAAACCAUGUUUUGCAAUCAUGUAUGUGCUAUAACUAAUAAAG